UAUAAUAAUACUAGACUAACUAGAUCUAGACUAGAAGUAGAUAUAGACUAGAUCUAGAAUCUAGAUCUUUUAUGUCUUAUGAUGAUUUAUUUAUAUAUAAUAUCAAAAAGAUAAUAUUUAUAGAUCUAGAUCUACUCUCGUAGUUAUUCUAGAUCUCUGGUACGCGUAGUCUCUCGGAUACUCUACAAAAUGGAUGUGAAAAAAGGCACAUCUCUUGGAACAGGAGCGCUGCUAGAAAUCUCAUUUAAUGACUUGUGUUUUUAUGAGCGAUGUGGAGGGGGAACCUUUGGCAGUGUUUAUCGAGCUCUAUGGCAGUCUCAGAAUAUGAUAGUAGCUGUCAAGAGACUUCUGGUUCUAGAAAAAGAGGCUCAAGUUCUCAGUUUUCUGAGUCAUAGAAAUAUAAUAAAAUUUUAUGGGGCUGUUGUGCAAGAUCCAAAUUACUGUCUUGUUACAGAGUUUGCACCCAAUGAUUCAUUGUACUCAUAUUUACGCAAUGCAAACAACACAUUAGACUUUGCACAAAUAGUCAAAUGGGCCAUUGAAAUUGCACAAGGUAUGAACUAUUUACACUAUGAAGCUCCUGUGAAAGUCAUACACAGAGACCUUAAAUCUAAAAAUGUUGUCCUUUCUGAGGAUUGGACAUGUAAGCUCUGUGAUUUUGGAGCCUCUCGUUUUAUUGGAAGCACUACAAAAAUGUCUCUAGCAGGCACUUUUCCUUGGAUGGCCCCAGAAGUCAUUCAAAGUUUCCCUGUGUCUGAAUCUUGUGAUACCUGGUCCUAUGGUGUGGUACUCUGGGAGCUGCUGACUAAAGAAGUGCCAUUUAAUGGCAUUGAAGGCUUUCAAGUGGCUUGGCUUGUGGUAGAGAAAGGGGAGAGACUCAUGAUUCCCAGCUCUUGUCCACCGAGCUUUAGAAAAAUGAUGGAACAAUGUUGGCUGUUGGAACCAAAGCUGAGACCAACAUUUGCACAGAUCUUGUCAAGACUUAAGGCCAUGUCUGAAGAUGAAUCCCUUCCUGAUCUGACCAAUUCCUUCCUCCAUCAAAAGAGAGUUUGGCAAAAGGAGAUUCAAGCCACGCUGGAGAGACUGAAAAGGGCUGAGAAAGAUAUCUGUAACAAAGAGCAGGAGCUGAAGGAAAGAGAACUCCAGUUAAAGGAAAGAGAAAGAUCUCUUAUACAACAGUUUAAUAUUGUGAAACUUGAAGACUAUGAUGUAAACACUUGGAGGGAUGUUGAUGUGUAUCAGUGGGUAAUGCAGUUCAGAGCUUCAGGCAACACAGCAGACCUAGCCCAGUAUGCUGACCUGUUUCUUCAGAAUCAUAUAAAUGGGAGAAGGCUACUGCGAAUGGUUGAGAAAGAUUUAAGAGAAAUGGGAAUCUCAAGUGUAGGGCAUGUCAUGGACUUUCAGCUGGAAAUCGACACAUUAAAAACGCACAACUUUCGGUUGUUAAAUUUUCCUCCAUUAACAAAACAGGCAGACCAGACAGCUAACUUGUUACCCAGGGAGUCUGUGACUAUAACUUUAAUCAUUGGACAUCAUUUGAGGAAAGGACAAACAUUAGAAGAAACCAAAUGGAAGAUGUAUGUUGAUGUUGACUUAGAGGAAGAGGAAGACAAACCAGUGGUCACUCUGGUGAAAGAGGUAGCAAUCACAUGUACAAAACCUGCCUUUGGGACUUGUAAACUGCAGCAGCCUCCUUUCAUAAUGAACUCCUGGUAUCAAGGCGUGUUUCCAGACAUGGCAAUUGAAUGUGUUGUUACGUAUGAGCCAACUGUUCACAAACCUCAUUUCACAAGAUUCAAAUAUGAACUGGACACAGAGAACUCUUCAUCUGUCCAGAAAUCUGUUCUUCUUACGCUAAAAAGGUUGUUGCCAGAUUCACAAGUUCAGCCAGACGACAGUGUUCUCACUUCUAGCUCAAUGCCCACAUCACCACAACAUAGUUCAGUGUCUUUAGUACCUCAUAAUGUUAGCUCACCAAACCUUCAAGGGGCUUGGUCCAAUGUGUUUAAAAGUGUUCAGCUCCCUCCUAGUAGAUCAUCUUCUCAGUCCAAUGUUUGGGCAAGUAUUGUUGCUGGGAAGAAACCAGUAACUAAACCAAUUCCUGGAACAGCCAAUGUACUCAUAUCUGAUCCAUCCACAACUGGUAUGGUCAGUCGCAGCUCAAGUGUAAUCAGCAGGACAUCAUCUUCCUUCACAGGUCACUCAGAGUCCAGCUCAUCUUUGGUCACUUCGGGUUUGGUGUCAGCUAAAUCGUCUUCUGUCUCAAGCGUUAGUAAGGGUGCUCCUGAAGUGAAGUCCAGCAGAGCUGUGACAGUGCAGUUUUCAUUGGAGGACAAUGAGAGUAGCUCUCAAUCUGAAGCAAAUAACAGCUCAGAGAGUGGCUUCAGUGAAAAGGGCAUUAAUCAGUCUAAUGCUACAGUGGACAGUGAUGGCCCAGAGCCUCCGAAUUCAUGUGACCUUAACAAAGUGUCCAGCAACCAGUGCAUCAAUUAUCCCUCGUCAGGUAAAAGCCACCAACUGACAGCAGCUACCUCAAAACUACAAUCCAAUAGCUUUGGUCGUGGCGUGGGAAGGGGAAGAACCAGAGGCAAUAAUACUUACAUCAGAACCGAAGGAUAUGGAAAUACUAAGUACAACACUCUAUCCCCCUCUAGAUCAUAUUCCCAUUACAAACAGGGCAGGACUGAUACAAGCUACCACCAAAGAAAGUUUAAUAAACUUGAAGCAUUGGAGCAUCCCUGGGGAGAGAGAAAAAACAAAACAGGAAGUGAGCCGUUCUCUCAAAAAUACCCAAAUACUACUUACCAGUAUAGGCGGGCGUUCAGUGGUGGCCAUACUUCUCCUCUGGGCAGUCAAAGCCAAGAGACAACUGAUGAGAGCUCAGACAUGACUGUGACAUCCAGUAUUAAAGAAAAAGAUGUUGAUGGCUUCCAGUUUGUCCAUUCUAAAAAACAUCAACAGUACAAAAGAAAUAAAGAAACUAGAUAGAACCAGUUAAAAUUUUAGUUAAUGUCAAGCCACUAGUCAUUAAUCUGAUUCCAGACUUGUUGAACCUUAUUGUAUCUUCCUUCCUGGGACCUCUUUACAUAGAUGGAUGUAGCCUACUGGAAAUUUGAUAGAACCAUCUGUAGCUAAUUUAUAUCCCAACUCACAUCCUAGCCCAUCUACAGCCCAACUCGGUCCUAGCCCAUUUACAACCCAACUCACAUCCCAGCCCAUUUACAACCCAACUCACACCCCAGCCCAUUUACAACCCAACUCAAUCCUAGCCCAUUUACAACCCAACUCACAUCUCAGCUCAUUUAUAGCCCAACUCACAUCCCAGCCCAUUUACAACCCAUCUCUCUUCCUAGCCUAUUUACAACCCAACCUUUGUUCAAGCUCAAAUGUUGACUAAAAACAUUGAAUCGAAUGAGAUGCUCAAGUAUGUUAGAGAUAUUGACUCUGGUCUAGAACUAGAUAUGUGAGACAUGCCACCUCUCUCUCAAUACAUAAAUAUAUAUAUGCUAUUUUUUUGUAAAAAAUAUAGGUAUCUGUACUCAGUGAUGGAUUGCCUAACGUUUAACUACUAAAAAACAAUAAUAAACGUUAAAAUACAAGAAAAGUAAUAUUUUUUUCCCCACAUUAAAAAAGGUCCCGUUACACAGUAUAUAUAUAUAUAUAUAUAUAUAUAUAUAUAUAUAUAUAUAUAUAUAUAUUUAUAUAUUGACAGUAAGGAGUAUGUAUGUAUAUAUGUAUGUAAAAAACUGUUUGACCAAUCAUGAUAAAACUUGGCAUAAAUGUUCCUAAGAUCAUGUCGGAGACCGUUGUGUAUGUUUAAUGUCCCUCCCUCAACCGGAGGGUCCUAAAAAUAGACAAAAGUACCAAAGUGUACCUUUAUUAAAGAACAAAAGUUUUAAACAAAUCGGGUAAACCAGAUUUCACAACAUUUUAUAUUUGCUAGGAAUAUGUCAGCUGAAUGGGUAAACCCACACUACACACACACUACUUUUAGUUUUGUGGCCAAAAAAAAAAAUGUGAAGGGAACAUUCUCCAUGUUUGACAUAGAUCUCAAUUUUGAAUUUUGUGGUUGAAUAUGAAAAUUGAUUUAGAACUUGUAAUUUUAUUUUAUUUUUAUACUUUUUAAAAAGUGUUUAUGUGCAUGCUUGCUGGUUGUUUCAAGCAUGUAUUAUAGUUUGCAACUAAUAUUACUUAUAAAAUAUAAACCAAACAGAACAGUGUGAUGUUGUUGUAGAAUUGCCUUUCUUUCUAAUUUCAAAACUCAAACUCUAAUUAUUUUUUUUUUACAAAUGUUAUGUAAGCCUUCAUUUUUUGUCUUUCAUAUUAUAAUUUAGGAUUUUAUCAUUUUAAUUAAUUCUUACUGUUGAUUUUAUACCAGGAUGGCUGCCUGGUCGUGCGGUUUGCGCCCUGGACUGUCGUUCGGACUUAUCGAUGGUCCCAGGUUCAAACCCUGCCCGCUCCCAUCCCCCAUCGUCCUGCGGGAGGUUUGGACUAGGAAGUAAUUAUCUUCAACUCUGAAGGAACAUCCAAAAUAAGUAAAACAUUUUACUAACAUUUUUACCAUCUCAGUUUUAGCGUUGAAAAACCUUCAACAUCACUACUGCUCAAUUAAAUCCAAAAAGGAUUUAAACAUUUUUAGAUUGGACAUAUUUUUACAGUGGCAUAAACCGUGUUUUUUUAGCACAUUCACUUACGAAACAUUCCUGCUGUUAUUUGUGUUUUGUUAUUUAUUUUGUAAGUGCACAUUUUUGUUUUUAAACUUUUAUUGUACAGUUUUUAGUUUGUUUAUGAUUACAUCAGGUAGAAUGAAAAUAUUUCAUUAUCAUCCUAGACCUAUCUGAUUUAUGUGAUAGCUGGAAUCCAGGUUGUAUUAUUUUGUGAAUAGUUUUUAAACAUUGCAAUGUAGCUUUAAUUUUGUCAUGAGCUGUGAACCUAAUGUAAACUAUGUAGAAACCUUGUCUCUCCUUCAAUGAUUCAAUAAGUUGAGAAAAACUGCUUAAGUCGUGGGAUAUGCUCUUCAGACUUUCAUCCCCAUGAUCCCAAAGUUGAAUCCCGACUGCUUCCAUCUCUUACCAGUCUGCAGGAGGUUUGGACUACAUAAUAAAUCUUAAGUUCUGAAGGAGUGUCCAAAACUUUUAAAGCGAAACAAAAUAAGUUAAAAUAAUGUUUUAAAGAUUUUUAUCAAUGAGAGAGGGUCAUUGCUGUCAUGUUAAUAUAGAUGCUGCUGUUAUUGAGUUGAAGAUCCUUCUCAUAUCGUGCUCAUUCUUUCAAGCAUGGUCUCCUUUCUUGUCACAUGUCAGGCAUGGUCUCCUUUCUUGUCACAUGUCAGGCAUGGUUCCUCCUUCACAACUGUUUAAAAUGUUAUUUCAAUGAACAUAUUUAAUGACACAAAAGCAAGCAAUAUACAGUAGAUUCACAACACCUGGCCUGGCUUGUAAGUAUUCACUAACACCAGUACCUAGCUGUGGUCAGUCAUUGUUGUGUAUUAACUCUUUAGCAGUUACCUGCAGUAUUUUGGGUCUAAAUAAUCAUGACAUGCUGAAAACCAUGAAUAACCUCAAUAUCAUUUCAUGUGAAGAGAGAUAGUAGGAAUUGUUUUGCACCUGGAAUGUCAAAGCUCAUGCUCCAAAAAGUUUCUGCUGUAUAAUUAGAAAUAGUGUCAAAAAUAAUCUAAGCCUGAUUAAGUUCAAGAGUCCCUCAAGACCACAUUGUGUCAUUGUCAUUGGUUAAUAUGCAUGACUAAAUGCAUGACGCGUAGGACGUAAUCAUCUUCUUUUUUGAAGUAACGUCUGUAUUAUAUAAGAUAAGAUAAGAUGUGAUCAAAGGAAGAACCACAUCCCAUUGAACUUUUUGUUUUCUUGAACUGCUUGCUGAUUGAACUUUUGUUUUCUUGAACUGCUUGCUGAUUGAACUUUUGUUUUCUUGAACUGCUUGCUGAUUGAACUUUUGUUUUCUUGAACUGCUUGCUGAUUGAACUUUUGUUUUCUUGAACUGCUUGCUGAUUGAACUUUUGUUUUCUUGAACUGCUUGCUGAUUGAACUUUUGUUUUCUUGAACUGCUUGCUGAUUGAACUUUUGUUUUCUUGAACUGCUUGCUGAUUGAACUUUUGUUUUCUUGAACUGCUUGCUGAUUGAACUUUUGUUUUCUUGAACUGCUUGCUGAUUGAACUUUUGUUUUCUUGAACUGCUUGCUGAUUGAACUUUUGUUUUCUUGAACUGCUUGCUGAUUGAACUUUUGUUUUCUUGAACUGCUUGCUGAUUGAACUUUUGUUUUCUUGAACUGCUUGCUGAUUGAACUUUUGUUUUCUUGAACUGCUUGCUGAUAGAACUUUUGUUUUCUUGAACUGCUUGCUGAUUGAACUUUUGUUUUCUUGAACUGCUUGCUGAUUGAACUUUUGUUUUCUUGAACUGCUUGCUGAUUGAACUUUUUUUUUAGUAUUGAAUGGGACAUUUUCAGCUUUGAUUUCAAAGCUCCAAAGAUCCCAAUGUUUGUGAAAAUAUGGAUAGCACUAAUAACUUUACAGCUGUUUUAUUAAUGCUGUUAGAACUGUCUGACUCUCACACAGAAUGUAAUGAGAGAUUGAAACUUAAACAUGUCCAACCUUUUUUUUUUAUUAUUAUUAUCAUUACAUAUUAUCAUUUUGAAUAUUUUUCUUUUUGUUUAAUUAUAUUGUAUUUAAUGACACCUCUAUUUUGGCUGCAGACAAAACCAGUAUUGUGGUAAAAUUCUGUCCAAAUAAGUUUUUAUACUUCUUUUGGUUCAUUUUUUUUAGGUUAGUGACUAUUGGACAUGAGGGUAAACAGAAAGCAAAGAAUUUCUCACAUUUCUGGCUAUGAAAUAAUUUUAAAAAAAAAAUGUCAAUAAAGUUAAACAUUUAUUAAAACAGAACAAUAUUAUGUGAAUUCUAGAACUAUUUGAUUUCUUUAGCUAUUAAAACAUACAACAUUCAUUGGAGUUCUAGAACUAUCUGAGUUCAAGAACUAUGGUAAUUCCCUUGGUUAUUAAAAUAUAGAACAUUCUUCAUUAAAACAUUGAACAUUCAUGCACGCUUUAAGAAUAAUGGUUGCAAUUGACACUAUUGACAUGAUGUUUUUGAUCAACUUUGUGAGUUGUUGUUUUUUUAAUCAUAUGUUCCUAUAAAAGUAUGUUUCUAUUACUAAAGGACUGAUACUAUUUAUUAUGCAUACAAAACAAAUUGUGAUAUUUUUACAACUGACAUUGCCAUUGGUUAAAUGUUUAUUUUUUAUUAAUGCAUUUCUUUGUUCAAUGAUUGAUGAAGUGUUACAGAUAGUCUAUUAGUAUGGCAGAACUGGCAGCUAGGUAUUACAGUAUUUCUAUUUUAAAGAAGAACAGGCAGCAUAAGACAACAGUUUGUCUACUGGUAUCAGUGAGUGGCAGCUAAGGACUACAGUUUGUCUACUGGCAUCAGUGAGAACUGGCAGCUAAGGACUACAGUACUGGAAGGGGAGAACUGGCGGUUAAGUUAGUGAUUGCCUAGCCCUAGGAUUUAAAAUGAAAUUAAUAAAAACUACCAGGAUGGCUAGAAC